CUCAGUCCCAUAUAUAAUUAUUCUCGUGUGUUCUAUUGGAAAUUGGAGCAAAGCUAGCUAACUGUUACAAGUUACACCUCAUAAUGGCAUCAUCGGGUGACUUGGUGGAAAAGGGAACAAAACGUAGCAUGGAAGAGGAAGAUGAAGAUGAUGAAUGGAUUGGUCCGAUGCCCGCGGAGGCUAUCAAGCCUAAAAAGAAAAAGGUGCUCGAGUUUGAAAAUGUGUACUUGGACAACAUGCCUUCUGCAGAGCUUUAUGAAAAGAGUUUGAUGCAUAGGGACACCAUCACUCAUGUUGCCGCCACAAAGACCGAGUUUAUCAUCACUGCCAGCUGCGAUGGCCAUGUCAAGUUCUGGAAGAAGCAAGAGGGUGACAUUGAAUUUGUCAAACAUUUCAGAGCACAUCUGGGUAAGAUACAAGACAUAUCUGUAAGCAGUGAUGGUGCAUACUUGUCAACUAUAUCUGAUGAUAAAUCUGCAAAGAUCUUUGAUGUUACAAACUUUGAUAUGAUCAACAUGAUGAAGCUGACCUUUGUACCUGGUCGAUGUCAGUGGAUCUACAGAGCAGGUGAUGCUAUACCUGCACUUGCCAUAUCUGAUAGUGAGAGUGGUAAGAUUUAUGUUUAUGAUGGAAAGGGUACAAGUGAACCCCUACACACACUGGACAAUAAGCAUUCUGCCCCGGUCAUACUUAUUAAGUACAAUCCAGUUUUUGAGGUUGCUCUCUCCGUCGAUAAACAAGGCAUCUUGGAGUAUUGGAUGGGACCAAAGAAAGACUACUGCUUCCCAUCUUGUGUUAGCUUCGAGUACAAGACGGAUACAGAUCUAUAUGAGUUUGUCAAGUGUAAAACAGUGCCUACCAGUCUUAACUUCUCUCCUGAUGGUAAACUUGUUGCAACGAUAGCCAAAGAUAGAAAGAUUCGCAUCUUUCGCUUUCUGACGGGUAAACUCACCAAGGUGUUAGAUGAAUCUUUGAAGACAUUCACAGAACUUCAACAGAUGAGGCAACAGCUACCUGAUAUGGAGUUUGGUAGACGAAUGGCAGUAGAGAGAGAUUUGCAGAAAUCGGAUGCAUUCUCUCUUGCAAAUAUCAUCUUUGAUGAGAGUGGUUACUUUGUUUUGUAUGCUACCAUGCUUGGUAUCAAGAUACUCAACCUACACACCAACAGGAUAUCAAGAAUUAUAGGAAAGCAAGAGAAUGUUAGGUUCUUGCAUCUCAGCAUGUAUCAAGGGAAACCCAAACAAACAAAGGGCGCCCUCACGCUAGAGAUGACCGCAUCCGACAAUCCUGCCUUACAGGGCAGCGAAGCAGACCCUACCCUGGUAUGCAGUGCCUUCAAGAAAAACCGUUUCUACCUCUUCACAAGGAGGGAGCCCGACGAUGCAAAGAGUAAUGAAGCUGAAAGAGAUGUAUUCAAUGAGAAACCAAGCAAAGAAGAACAAAUGGCUGCAACACAGGGUGGAUCAGCCCAGAGACUAUCCAGUACUGCUAUUCUUCAUACAACUAUGGGUGAUGUCCAUGUAAAACUCUUUACAGAAGAAUGCCCAAAGACCAUAGAGAAUUUCUGUGUACACAGUCGGAAUGGAUACUAUAACGGACAUAUCUUCCAUCGAGUCAUCAAGCAGUUUAUGAUUCAGACGGGGGAUCCACAAGGUAAUGGAACCGGAGGAGAAUCAAUAUGGGGAGGAGAGUUUGAGGAUGAGUUUCAUCCUAAACUAAGACACGAUCGUCCCUACACACUCAGCAUGGCCAAUGCAGGACCAAAUACCAAUGGCUCUCAAUUCUUCAUCACUGUAGUCCCAUGUCCUUGGUUGGAUCAGAAGCACACCGUGUUCGGACGGGUAAUCAAGGGCAUGGAAUGCGUCCAGAAGAUCAGUGAGGUCAAAGUUCACCCCAAGACCGAUAAGCCCCUGGAUGACAUACGCAUCGUCAGCAUAUCCGUCAAAUGAUACCAGCGUGCGUGGAUUGUGAAAUAUCAGGGCCCUGUACCAAAGCUUUAUAGCGAGUGAUCGUAGGACUGAUUCUCAUGAUUUGUGUUUGUUUCAAUCUGCUUUGGAACAAAAGUUCUCUCGCAAUUCGUAACUUCUUUUGACAUCUUGAGCAUUUUGUAAAAGUGGAAUUGGCACUAUGACAAUACCAUGUAUUACUAUCAUACACAGUAAUGCAAUCAAUCAUCGAUGUCAGCCCCAUGAUCAUUUGUUAAGCUUUAUAAUAUGGGAUCUCAGAUCUUAUGAUGGAAAGUGCUGUUGAAGACUGUGCAAACCUCCCUACCAAAUACCAAUUAUGGUGCAUAACAGAUCAAUAUUAUUGGUACAGGUCAAGGGUCAAUGAACUGACAAGCACAUAUCGAUUGUGGUUU